AGGUUGCGGCACGCAGCCACCCGGAGACGCACGGCCUUGUCGUAGUUGAUGACGCGGCUGUGAAGACCAUCUGGGAAGGACUUGAAGAGCUGGACGAGGUGGCGAGUGUAGUCACGGAGCUCGUCGUGCCGAUGUUCGAACACGAACUCGUACGCCUCGAUGGCGACGCGUUGGACGAUCCGCUGGCGAAGGCGACCUCGAAAUCUCCAACCUUUUCGAUGGUCUUGGACUCCAUGGAGAGAGAGUACUCGAAGAGUCGGGGAAUGGCGGGCGAAGUGGGUCGUUGAAGAGGGAAGCUUUGGCGACCCGGAACUCGCGCGAGAUGUUCUCGAGGAUGUUGAGAGUCUUGCGGACAGACUCGCGGAUCGGCUGAGGAUUGCGGCGCUGUCGCUCGGACCAUGGGAGAGCGGCGAUGUUGACCCGCUUACGAGGAGUGUCGGUCUCCUCGUCGCUGAGGUCGUCUCUAGCACGCCGAGGCGCUCCAGCAGGGACUUGCGGCGCGGGUUCUCCUCCGACAUCGGGAUCGAGUCCUCCUCCAUCCCCGCUGGGACUCUCGUCUCGAGGCAAACCGGGGACGACAGCCUUUCCGCGAGCGGCAGCUGCCUUACGGACCUGGUCGACAUUCUCGAUGAUGCGGUGUUGGGCUUCGAAUACGCGCUCAUACUCGGUAGCGUCGUCGAUGGUGAUGGCGCGCGAUAGCUCGAGUACUGCUUGGGCCUUCGAUAUCCUCGACUCCGAGAAAUCCUUGACAAUAGACUCGCACUCUUGUAUGAUGUUCUCGUCGACAGGCGUUCUGCGAGGGACGGGGUCCCCGUUGUUUCCCCCGGAGGAUCCGGGCUGCUCAGUCUGGACAGGAGACUCGGCUUCAUUGGACAUGUAAGUUGAGUCGACGUGAGGUACGAGUGACUAGUCGAAAAAGCGCGAGGACUGAGGGUGACCGGGAGGUCAGAACGAAGAACGCCGCGGACU